UAUGUUGAAGGAAACGCCUUUAUUUUGAAAAAUGACGAACCGGAUAUGUAACUCGGACUGGACGUCGUAGCCGCUUUUCAAGAUGGCGUCUCAGCAGCAGCAGCAGCAACCCGGUGGACCGAUGCCUCAACCCGGAUUACAACCUUCUUCAUUACAACAACAACAACAACAGCAGCAGCAGCAGCAGCAGCAAUUGAGCCAGCAGCAAGACUUUGAUCCAGUUCACAGAUUUAAAAUGCUCAUUCCACAGCUGAAGGAGAGUCUGCAGAAUGUAAUGAAGAUUGCGUCCCUGAAUUUUGCCCAUAACACUACAAUUGACAACGGCAUCAAAAGCAGCGACACCUCUGUUCAGCGCUUUGACAAGAGCCUAGAGGAGUUUUAUGCCCUUUGCGAUCAACUGGAGCUGUGUUUGCGGCUGGCAUAUGAGUGCCUCUCCCAGAGCAUUGACAGCGCCAAACAUUCACCCAACCUGGUCCCAACAGCCACCAAACCGGACACAGUGCAGACAGAGUCCAUGUCUUAUGCCCAAUACCUCGGCAUGAUCAAGUCUCAGAUCUCCUGCGCCAAAGAUAUCCACAACGCUUUGCUGGAGUGCUCCAAGAAGAUUGCCGGGAAGGUACAGCCGCAGGGAAUCAUGUAGACCUGGUUUAACUAUCCCAACUCUUUCUACGUCUGGUGACAUUUUUGACAAGGAUGAUGGAAUUCAUAUUUGGGAAUGUCUCAUAUUCAGAUCUCAGUUAUGGUCAUUAUGCUGUUUCAUUUCUCAAGAUUCUGUAUAUUUGGUGAUUUUUUUUUUUUUUACAGUAAGUUAUGUUUCUUGUAAACGCUCUGUAAAUAUUCCUGACAAAAUGUAAUGUUCUAAGAUGACCAGCAGGUGGUGGCAGAGUUGUAACUGCCAACUCAAUAGUCACAAGUCUUUUGUAGUUUUUUGUAGUUUAUUUCUAUUGAAUAUUAAAACCUUUGUACUGAUAA